AUGUCGUGCUACUUCCUGUUGCUGAGUUGUGCAGCGUACGGAGUUGUUGCGAGUGUCUCGUUGAGGAUCGUGGGAAAGGUGUCCAUUGCUCAGUGGACUACCGGGAGGGCCUUCAAGAACCUGGCCUGUCCACUCAUUGGGGUUGAGUUUGACGUGGAGAAUGAGGAGGCGUUGGAUGUUAGGCCGGCGGUGUUCAUCUCGAAUCAUCAAUCGGAACUUGACAUUCUCUUUUUAGGACGAAUCUUUCCCAAGCACUGUAGCGUGACUGCAAAGCGCUCGCUCAAGUACAUUCCUUUCCUCGGCUGGUUCAUGGCCCUUUCCGGAACUGUCUUCAUCGACCGUGCCAACUCCAAAUCAGCCAGAGCCGCAUUCGACGGUGCCGUCAAGGAGAUUAGGGACAACAAACAGAGCGUCUGGAUCUUCCCCGAGGGUACCCGAUCCUACUUCUCGCAGGCCGAUUUGCUUCCAUUCAAGAAGGGCGCUUUCCAUCUUGCGAUCCAGGCGGGAGUCCCGGUCGUUCCCGUUGUCGUACAGAACUACAGCCAUGUGUUGCACUUGCAGGACAGAACUUUCGAGCCUGGUACCAUCAAAGUCAAGGUUCUGGAACCGAUAAACACUGAGGGCCUUACCGGCGCGGAUGUGGACAAGCUCGUUACCAAGACCAGGGAGGAGAUGUUGGUUGAGUUGAAGGGGCUCUCGGCGGCCAAGAUCGAGACAAAGAAGACUUCAUGA